UUGGGAUUUAUUUUUCUGUUGUAGCUAUUUUGCUGAAGGAUAUAUUUCCCUUGCGGAGACGAAGUGGAACGAAAAAGAGGACGACAUCAACUGUGCCUAAGUAAUUUUACGUUAGAGCACGCGGACGCUGCACGUUUAUUUGAGCACAAACUGAAACAUGAUUAUGCCGGGGUUUCUGUGGAUUACUCUUACCAUGCUUCAUUUAACUAUGGCCUCUACUGAUGGCUCCGACUGCAAGAAUAUGAUCAGUCCCAACGUAAUCAAUAUUAGUCAUUCCGAAGUGAACUUGCAGUGGAAGAAAGCCUACCGGAGUUCGUACUACUGUAUAUGCCACAGUGCCGUAGCACAGGUUGGAUUUGCAGCCGACUUUGCUGAAUGCGAUGCUGGGCCCCAGUGGAAUUGCCGAGAAGUUCGCGACGAGAGACCUGCGGUAACAGCUGGAGGUCUGAUGGCUGGCCAGGAACAUAUUUUCUGUGCCAGGCGUAGGUGCUCAACAGGAGUCUACAGCUCUGGCAUCGAGUGCACAGCGGUCUUGGCACCUCAAGAACCAGGGUGGCGAUUCACAGUUGACCUAAUCGAGCCUCGCCGGGCGCUUCUCAUGUGGCGGGCUCCUGACAGCCGUCCUUUCGGGAAGGCACCCCUGAGCUACACUGUCACCUGGUGCCACUCCGUCGGUCCUCUGAGUUCUUGCCAAAGCAAAGCUGCGAACGAGGAUGGAGCUGUCAUAUCGAACCUGGACGCAUGGCGUGUCUAUAAUUUGGCUGUCUGGGAGGUCCUCGGUAUGGGUGCGCCCCUCUUUCACGCCCGGGUCAGGACAAGACCAGACAAUCCUGGCGGCCCGGAAUUCCUGAACAUGGAAAACGUAGGCAACGGGGAAGUGCAGCUGUCGUGGUGGCCACCAGAACAUGCCAGGGGCCCUUUGCAGGUGUACGAGGUAUCCUGGUGCGCGCACACCUGCGACACGCACGAAGCCUCCUGGGUCACGGGACAGUCAUUCACGGCGCCACGUAUUGCCUACUCGACCAACUAUACAUUUCGUGUGCGUGCAAAAAACGUCCUCGAAGACAUGUCACUCGAGGGUCCUUACGCUUCUAUUUCUGUCUUCACACCGCCCAAAGACAUGACGUUCCAUUUGAAGAUGAAUCAAUCGUCAAGCGUACACCUGUCUUGGACGAGCAACCGGACGUCUCAAGAAGCGCUCACAGUGAAACACUGCUACCUUCAUACCGCGCCGGGGUCGUGUGAGAAGUACUUCGCACACUCCCCGGGCAGAAUAUUUCCCAACACGGAGCCGUGGACAAUGUCUAGCCUCGAAGUUACAGAUUCCUCGGAUACCAUCCUGUUCUAUACUACGUAUCGAUCACCCCCGGGAAAGUCCGGCGCGCCAACGGAUGUGAAGGUGACCCCGCUCAACUCCUCAGCGCUAUUGCUGACGUGGUCUCCUCCUGCUGAAGAGCAUGGCCCCCUCCAUGGAUACAUUGUAAAGUGGCACACCUUCUACGAUGACGCAGAGUUUCUCCGCAUUCGAUCAAAGACUUUCCGGUCAUUUGUAAUCACGGACGUCGAAGAACUGAAUACUUACAUCGUUGAAGUCGCUGCAUACCACUCCUGGCACGGAGAGUUUCUUACCGGGCAUAUGUCUGUUGUCUAUGGCAUAUCGUACUCUUCAGGAAUGAAUAUGAACAUAAGCACCGACGAGCAGGGAAAGUCGGAGCUACGGUGGACCUUGCGGCACGACCUCGUUGAAGAGCUCCUGAUUACUUGCUGCGAGCUUGGUGCACAAAGUGAUUCGUGCUUGCGUUUCAAGCUGCCUAGCAACAUGCGUUACUUGGAUAUCGGUGCUCUCAGGCCCCACACUACGUACGACGUCCGCUUCUACCACUACGAGGGAAUGGCACUAAUUCUACGGAAACGUUUUCGAACCAAGGAACGUCAGCAAACCUCUUUGCCACCUCUUACCAACGUCAAGAACCACCCAUCAUCUUCAUCAACGCCGCUACACAUAGACAAUAUUACCUGCAGCGUUAUUACUGGUGAGUCCGUGCGGGUGUCUUGGACUGACACCGCCGUCAACUGCACCGUCCACAGCGGCUACAGCGUCUCUUGGCAGGCCACCUUUCCUCCAGGACCUGCUCACGAGAACGUCACUUUAGCACGCGACAUCGUGCUAGACGGGCUCAUGCCGUCAGCUCGGUACGCGGUGCUUGUCAGGGACCUAGGUUCCUGCGCCCCAAGGACUUGGUCGAUGACAUUUUCAUUGCCAUCGUGCACAACGCGAAGCUGAAUCGUUGCUCAUGUUUCCGUUUGCUUGUUUUUCGUCCUGUUUUAGGAUUGGGGAUUUAAUAAUAACUGCUUCCUUUU